AUGCCCUACUCACUCAAAGGCCGAAACGUGCUCGUCACAGGUGGAUCACGUGGUCUAGGUGAACUCAUAUGCUUGAAAUUCGCAGCUGAGGGGUGCAAUGUUGCGGUCAACUAUAAUGCGAGUGAAGAUCGGGCAAAAGAGGUAGCGGAGAAGGUGAGGAGGUUUGGUGGGAAGGCCGUGCUUGUUAAAGGGGACAUGGGCAUCGAAACAGACUGCAUCUCCGUCGUCCGCACCACAAUCGCCCAACUCUCAGGCCUAGAUAUCAUAAUCUCCAACGCAGGCUACACGCGCUUCUCCACGUUCUCCGACCUCACCGUGCCCACCGCUCAAGACUGGGAUCUUUGCCACGCCGUCAACGUGAAGGCGCAGUUCUUCCUCAUGCGCGAGGCGGCGCCGACGUUCAAGGGGAAUCCUGAGGGAGGCGUUUUUGUUAUCACGAGUAGUAUUGCGGGGGUUACGGCGGGGGGGAGUUCGAUGCGACGUGUAGCUUAUAGUGUUACGAAAGCUGCGCAGCUGCAUUUGAUGAGGUGUUUGGCUAGCACCGAGGGUCCGAAGGUCAGGGUUAAUGCUGUGUUGCCUGGGUGGUUGGCUACCGAAUGGGGAACGAAGUAUGACCCGAAGCGUGUCGAGGAUUUGAGAGAGAAGUCUUGGUUGAAGAAGGAUACGGAUUUAGAGGAUUGUGCUCAAGCAUUCGUGGAUAUUGCGAAGAACUCUUCAAUGACGGGACAGAAAAUCCAGGUUGAUUCAGGUCUAGGACAGAAUGCUUAG